GGGACGUGUGCAGUAACGAAAUCGAUUUGGGGUUGGAACUGAAUUACGAUGCACAUCGUAUUCUUUUUAACACAGUAAUUUUUCUCGAUUUUUUUUUUCAAUUCCCGAAAUGUUGAGAAUUGAUAGAGAAACAUCGAUUAAGAAAAGUAGUGAUUCUUUUGCAUUUGAAAUCAUUGAAAAUUGUUUUUGAAAAUUGGCUUAUUCGACAAUUACUCUAUAUGUGAAUAUAAUAAACAAAUUUGCGUAGUUGGGGGAGCCGAAUUAAAUUUUCGUGACGAUUCAGAAAACAACAACAAAAUAUUCGAUCCAAUUUGUAUAAUUGAAAAAAAUAUUUUCGAUUUUGAUGUUAAAUACGACGUAUUAGAUGGCUAAACGUAUAUCAUUCAGUGUCAUUUUUGCCACAGACGAGGAACCAGAUUAUCCGUCUAGUGAAUUGAACAGCCAUGGUCCGGCAGUUUGUGGUUGGCGUUGUCGAGCAAACAGUACACUGUCACCCAAAGAAAUAAUCUUACGUUUCGAAAAACCAGCGGUAAUAUGUCGCAUCCAAGUGUUGGCCCAUCAAUGUAUUAUCCCAGAACGAAUAGAAUUGUGGAUCCAUCAAUCUACACGCGGUGCACCAACCACUCCGUCAAGUCAAACGUACGAUUUUCUUGGUUUCAUUGCGCUCUCCGACAAUUCGGGAACGAAUUUUAAGUCACGUGAACUGCAAAGUGUGCCUGUCGGUCCAAAAAAGGGGACACAUUUAAAACUUCGAUUCGGAUCGCCUUAUCCAAAUGAACUGAAUAAAUCAAAUCAGGUAGCUUUAAUAGCAAUCAAUGUGCUCGGUGAAUAUCUAUCGACCGAGAAUGCGAUGCAAUUCAUUCAAAAUAUGAACAAUGAGCGUACGGAAACUGCGCUCGCAUCAAUUUGCGACGAUUUAUCGUUUUCAAUGUACGUGGAAGAGUCAAUAGUCGAGACGAUCCGUGAACUUGAACAGAAAAAAAUUAAAGCAGUUAAUGAUGAGCGAUUCGAGUACGCACGCAAGCUUAAAUUGUGUAUGGGUGCCUUACGAAAUGCUGGCGAACGCUUGGGUCGCUAUUCUCUUGCCAAACGUCAAGCUGUGCAACAAGAGGAUUUUAUAGCCGCUAAACUGCGCAAAGAACAAAUGGAACUGUAUAAGAAAAUGGUGUUUGAACAGCUUCAAGUGAACUAUUUACUUGAAACAGGUGGUUUAAAUCCCGAUAACGACUGUGUAUCGGAUUUGUAUACGCAAAAGCCACCGUUACCAUCGCCACCAAGUCUACAGGAUGUUGCCAGUGCAUUGUCGAAUGAUACAAUGUUCACAGCUAUACCAUUUACCAGUCCUCAAAUGGUUCGACGCGAAAAUUCCGAUGUUAAAUCACCAAAUACACUGAAUGAACAUAGACAAUCGCCAAUAAUUGGAGCAAGUCCAAAGAGAGGAUCUCCGAAUACGGGAUCGUUACGACGACGUAAUAAAAGCGCACCAAGGACCACUUAUGAAGACUAUGAAGAACGAGCCAUUCCAGCAUUGAGACAUUCACAUACUAAUGAAUUUUUAAGGGAGUGUCAAGGGGCAAUUGUUUUAGAAAACGAUCCAUGCCGAGGGCGAUCACGUUUGAAUGAACGAGAACGAAGACAGGCAGCGUUACCCAUUUUGGUUUUUGGCAAUGAGAUGGUCGAACUAUUCUAUUCACGUCAGUUUCAAGAUCGCGAAGAGGGUUUACUUCGAUUAACCGCCAUCCUGAAGGGUGAAGCCUUUGACUAUUCCAUCGGUGUGAAUAAAAUAGCGCGCAGUGCUACACUGAUACUUCAUCGUGCCGUUCGUGAUGCAGUAUUUUCUGUAUUUAAUCAUGCAGCUGAAACAGUGCGUGCAUUAUUCAUAGAUUUCGUUCCGAAUCGUGUAACCCAAAACGAAGUGUCACGUUGUGUUGAUCGUCUAUUGCCUGAGCUAUUAGCAAAAAGUGGUGAUCCAUCACCAAGAAUACAUACUCUAGCACAACACACCAUCCUGUCCAUAGCUGCUUGCCCGGAAGUUCGAAUGCAGCAUUUAGUUGCACCAUCCCUAUCAAGACCUGUUGGUUCUGGAACUCACCCACGUCUUGCUUUAAGUCGCAUGCAAAUGCUAGAGCAGUUGGUGUUGAGCCAAGGCAUAAGCAGUGAUAAACAAAGUGGCCUCACCUGUCGUAUUCUAUCCGAAUCUGGUUGUUCGGGCAUUCAUCAUCCAUCGGAACCAGUUCGGAAAGUGGCCGAACGAGUACUAUUACUGGUAUACAAACUAAAUCCACGUCUAGUUCGAAAACAAUUACCACCCGACGAUGAUAUAACGCGCAGAAAUUUACUUUAUCGUCAAUUAUUUGCCGAAUUCGAUAAGAUUGACGAUGGCCGUCGCCGUGAAAUGACAUCACAUCAAGGUUUCACAUCAUCGAGCAUACUUCGACAGCAUGCAACACCACCACAUUCACCAAAUGUUAGCAGCAAUUUAUCGGCAUCGAACAAUGAUAAUAGCGAAAGCGAAAAUCGAAAAUUCGCAUUCAACAAUGGCACAAAUACAAAUUCAGCGGAAAGUACGACAGUAAAUAGUCCAAGAAAAACACUUGCCUAUAAUUGUAGCCCAACCAAUAAAUCCGCAUCCGCUUCAGAUAGUAAUGAACCCGAACCGCACACACAAAAUAGCUCCAAAUCAAAUUCCGAAUGCGAAAAUCGAUGUCCAUUUUGUGAUUGGCCGUAUAACGGCGAUACCGAACAAUUGGACAAGCACUAUUGGAAAGCCUGUCCAUUACUCACAAAAUGCCCACAAUGCUCUCAGGUCUUAGAAGUAGCUGCCCUUUGCACACAUUUAACAGAGGAGUGUGACGCAAAGAUUGGUUACGUUCAAUGUGAUAGAUGCUCAGAAGCUGUUCACAAAAAUCUAUUGGACAUUCAUAAAUUGGAAGACUAUUGUGUUAAACCGAAAACCAAUAACAUGAAGUGUCCGCUAUGUCAUGAGGAAGUCGAGGGGCCGUCUAACGGCGGAUGGAAACAUCAUUUGACUAACUCGGAUGGAUGCGCUGGUACAGCCAAACGACGUGCUCGAAUUUAAUACAUUUAUCACAUAGUAAUCGUUAUGCAGAUGUAUUAGAAAAGUCCAGAUAUUGCAUUCGAAAAGUAACAAUUUAUUGAAAAUAUUGUUUGAGCAAAUCAUUGUAACAUUUUAAUAAAUGAAAUUUAUUCAAUUUUUUUGUAACACGUUUGCGAAUUACAUAAAA